CACACUGACUGAACUAAAGCCAGGAGAACAAUACUGGGUCCGAUACAGAGCUGUUAGUGAUGUGGGAGUGAGUGAAGCCAGCGACUCUGUCCCCUUUACCUUUAAGAAGAAGCGCAACACACUCACAGUGGGCCAGUCAUGGAACUUUUCCACGCUUUCUAACUUAAAUGAACUAAGGACAGAAAUAAUGACCAGUAUGGGAAUGUCACGAUGGUCUCCCUCUACUAUCAACUCAGAGCUUACAAAUGUUGUCAGCAGUCCGACACUCCUUACAAAUAUGCAAUUCCUGGAUGGCUGAGACCAGGGAUGGCUUUUUACGUCCAAGGAGUUGUUUCUGGUCAAACGUUUGUAAUGAAUUUUCUGACAAACGAGGAGUCUGGUGAUGACAUCGCUUUUCACUUAAGGCAUGAGCUCAAUGCCUUAACGUGCUGUAACAGUUUUAGGCAUGGGAGGUGGGAGAAACAAGAACACACAUCAGAAUAUAAACUUUCUGAAGGAUCAGCAUUUGACAUCUUCAUUGUGAUCAAAACAGAAGGCUAUGAGGUAUAUUUAAAUGGAAAGAGAUGUUACCUGUUCAAGCACCGCAUGUCACUGGAAAAAGUCAAUGCACUUAAAAUUGAUAAAGAUGUCAUAAUUAACACUGUUGGUGUUGUCAAGAACUGGACCACAUCUACCUUUAAUAAAGAACUAAACUCAGGCAUCUCACGCACAAAACUUUCAGACAUCCAGUAUGAUAUACCACAUCCAGUCAGCAGCCCGAGCAAAGCAUAUUCUGGACCAAUCCCUGGAGGCCUGAGAGCUGGUGUUGCUUUAUUCUUCCAAGGUGUUGUUGCUUCAGAUUGUGAUUGCUUUGCGAUAAAUUUGCACACUGGAGCAAAUAAUCAAAACAUUGCAUUCCACUUCAACCCCCGCAUGGACUCUGUGGUCCUUAACAGCUACACGAUGGGAAAAUGGGACAAUUACCUUGAUAGACCAGGAGGCCCAUUUGUCAGAGGAGGAGCCUUUGAUAUCAUCAUGGUUGUUAACCCAGAAAACUACGAGGUGAUUGUGAAUGGCCUGAAAUAUUGCACAUUCAAUCACCGCAUACCAGUGGACAAAGUGACUACACUUGCAAUUGUUGGAGACGUCUUCAUGAACAACUUCAGCAUUAUUGAACUAGUGAAAACCCUGAAAAUCACAUAUCCUGCAUAUAUUUGAAGAUUCAGAACCUCCCAAAAGCAUGUGUUUGCUUCGCACGUCCUGAUUUUGCCAAGUCCUUGAUGCCCUGCAUUUGCUUCAUUCUUCUCAAAUUCAUCAGGAUAACAACAAAUGUCUUUUAAUUAUCCAGUGAUUUUUUUCUCAUGAUUAUUUUGCAUUAGAUUUCUUUUGCAUAAUGUUGCAUAUAUCCUUCGUACAGUUUUUUUGUGCUUUAACAAUACUAAAUGAUACUGAUAAUUUCACUUAAUCUAAACAUAAUUGCCUUUGGAGCAGUAGGUUUUCUAUACAUAUGCUUUUUAGAUGAACACAUUUUUCAAUAACAGAGGCAAUAGAGGUCUGGAAAUUACUGUAGUUAUGGUAACAAAACUAUAAAAGUUCUAUAGUUGACAUUUUCCUUUUCUUUUCUUUCUUUUUUAAUCUUAUGGUUUCAGCACAUAAGUUUAUACUAACACAAAGUACAAGUUUGAAACUGAGACAAAUAUAAAUACAAUAUUGCACCAUUAGAGAGCACUCAUUACUCAUUUCCUAAAAAUAUAAUCAUAUGCAGAAUAUUUAAAGCAUUAUUGAAUCAGUUAUUUACUCCUUUUGUUUACAAGAAUUGUGGUGUGAUUUUUGUUUUGUUAUUGAUGAAUUGGUA